GUCUGAUAUAAGUCUGAAUGUAAUGUUGUAUAAUGUUGAGCUACAGUUUAGUUAAUCGAUAUAAUACUUCAUUUUGAGUAAUAUAAAGCUGUUUAUCUUUUUUGGCUACUCCUUUCAUUUCCUUCAUUGAUUUGCCUUUAAAGCCAUUCUCUCAAUCUCAAAUCAUCCUGAUCUAAGAUACUUUGAUUUGCGAAAGAAUUCAAUCUCAUCAAUCCAGGUAAGUUUUUCUUCGUUGGAUUUUUUUAGUAUUGCUACCUUCCGGCUUUAAAAUGGCAGACAAGAGCUCUCAAGGCAUGGCGGACAAGAGCUCUGAGGCCAUGAAUGUACGAUUUAUGAUAAAUACUAGAACUCAACGCAUCGUAUAUGCCGAAGCGGGUAAAGAGUUUGUUGAUUUUCUGUUUAGUUUUCUUUCCAUGCCCAUCGGUUCUAUCCUCAAAUUACUGUAUGCAUUGGAAUCCAAUAGAAAAAUUGGCUCUGUAUCCAAUCUGUAUGAUAGCAUGGAAAAAUUGUCCUCUCUGCUUCUGAUCACGGAUAAAUCCCAACUGCUUGACCCCAAAUUCAUAACUCCCUACUCUAAUAACUCUCAGAGUAUUGAAGGUGGAAAUUAUUACGUUUGUAGUUACCUUAUCGGCAGGGGUCACAGCGUUAUGAGCACAACUCACAAUAUUAGCACCAGCAACACAGAUAUAUGUAUCUGUGGAAAACCUAUCAACCACCUCGUUCAGCUGCGGCAGAAUACCAAUACCAGCGGAAGUAGCAGCCAAACUUCAGGGCAAGUGCAAGGGAACAGCGGUUAUGUGAAAGAAAUGCUUACAUUUAUAAAAACUGACGACUUGAAGAUAAAAGGGAGUUCAACUAUCACCACUAUAACGUUACUCAAUCAGCUCAGUAUUAAAGAUUUGACAGAUCUUGAAGAGCGGACUGCAAUUGUUGAUCGCAACAAGGCACUGGAGAUUUUGGAGGCAUCUUUGAUUUCCACAACUGUGUUGAACGAUGUGUUUGGAGCUGAGUUUUCCCUCACGCAAGGUAAAAUUAAUUACAGCAGAUCAUCAUUUUCGUUGUCUGCUAAUCACUCUCUGUGCAGCGAGAGUGCAAGGUUUGCUCAAGCAGGAGAUGGUUGUAGGGAAUUUGGUUUGAAAGCUGGUGGACCACUGUUGGAAGCUCUGGGUUUGGAUCAAAAGGAGGAUGAUAUUAGAAGAGAAGCUGUUCAGUUUUUCAGAAACCUCCUCUCAACAAAGGAUGGAUUGGAUGUGAACGCGCAACAAGAUAAUAUUGAAGAGAACAAUAAUAUCAUUAAUAGAUGUGAGGAGAAUAAUGACAUAAUUCAUCUUGUAAGAGAACCAUGUGCAGAUGAAAGUUGCAACUAUAGUGUUUCAGAUGCAAAUGAAGAUGAGUUUGUGGAAAGACAAAUCAUGCCUUUGAAGAGGGAUUGCAAUGAUGAGGAUUCUAUUGAUAAUAUGCCACAUAAAGAUCUCCCCUACUUUGCUAAUGAGAAAGAAGAAUGCAUCAAAAAUAAAGUGAAGAGUCUAUUCUAUGAUGAAGAUGUGGCAUUCUUAGAUUAUCAGGAUAAUGUAUCAGCCUGUGAGGCAAAUAACUAUGCUGAUGAAAACAAUACAUCCUAUUUGUUAUUUUUGAAUGAUUCAGAGUCUGGUGGUGAUGUGGAAGCUAAUGAAAAUAGAGAAUCCAUUAGUCAUGGGAUGGCAGACAAGAGCUCUGAAGGCAUGGCGGACAAGAGCUCUGAAGCCAUGAAUGUACGAUUUAUGAUAAAUACUAGAACUCAACGCAUCGUAUAUGCCGAAGCGGGUAAAGAGUUUGUUGAUUUUCUGUUUAGUUUUCUUUCCAUGCCCAUCGGUUCUAUCCUCAAAUUACUGUAUGCAUUGGAAUCCAAUAGAAAAAUUGGCUCUGUAUCCAAUCUGUAUGAUAGCAUGGAAAAAUUGUCCUCUUUGUUUCUGAUCACGGAUAAAUCCCAACUGCUUGACCCCAAAUUCAUAACUCCCUACUUUAAUAACUCUCUCAGUAUUGAAGGUGGAAAUUAUUACGUUUGUAGUUACCUUAUCGGGAGGGGUGCUUCUGCUUCGUGGGGUUAUUAUGAUCAUGGCGGUAUGAACACAACUCACAAUAUGAGCACCAGCAACACAGAUAUAUGUAUCUGUGGAAAACCUAUCGACCACCUCGUUCAGCUGCGGCAGAAUACCAAUACCAGCGGAAGUAGCAGCCAAACUGCAGGGCAAGCGCAAGGGAACAGCGGUUAUGUGAAAGAAAUGCUUACAUUUAUAAUAACUGACGACUUGAAGAUAAAAGGGAGUUCAACUAUCACCACUAUAACGUUACUCAAUCAGCUCAGUAUUAAAGAUUUGACAGAUCUUGAAGAGCGGACUGCAAUUGUUGAUCGCAACAAGGCACUGGAGAUUUUGGAGGCAUCUUUGAUUUCCACAACUGUGUUGAACGAUGUGUUUGGAGCUGAGUUUUCCCUCUCACGCAAGGCGUGCGUAGAAGAAUGAGCUUUAUCAUGGAUGCCAUGAGACUAUAGUUGCAGAAAGUGAAGUGCAUCACGCUUUAAAAAAAUGAGCUUUAUCAUGGAUGCGUAGAAGAAUGAGCUUUAUCAUGGAUGCCAUGAGACAAAAGGCGUGAAAUCUUUAAUUUGGGCGCCAAAUCUAUGCAUCGACUACCUUUGCCUUUAAAGCUAUUCUCUAUAGGAGUUAUUUGGUAGCAUAAGAUAGUUAUUUAAAAGCUUGUUUUCCAUGAUAGUAAGCUAUCUAUUUUGUAACUACAGCAAGAUGGUACAGUAGUUUUCUCCGUGUAAGGACUAAACAUGUUGUUUUCUAAUGAAUCUUUUCAUCCGUUGCUGUUCUAACUAUGGGUAGCUUGUAAAAUGUUACAUAUUCAAUAAUAUAAGUGUUGCUUAAAUAUAAA